GGGAGGAGCAGGAUGGGGGCUCCCAUCCACCGGUUCUUUAGGGGGUCUCAAAAGCCCUGCACUCACAUUCCCGGGUGACUCAUACCCUGCUUUCUAGAUGCAGCUGGGAGCUCCAUCAGAAACAAAGAGAAGAUGCCAGAGCCUGUAAAGAAAACAGUUUCUGCAUUUACCAAGAAGCCAAAGACAACAGAGGUGACAGCCGGAAACACAGCUGUGUUUGAAGCAGAGACAGAAAAGUCUGGCAUCAAGGUGAAAUGGCAGCGAGCUGGCACAGAAAUUACUGAAAGUGAAAAAUAUGUCAUCAAGUCAGAAGGCAACAAGCAUUCACUGACAAUCAAGAAUGUAGGAAAAGAAGAUGAUGUGACAUAUGCUGUAAUAGCUGGAAGUUCCAAGGUCAAAUUUGAACUCAAGGUCAAGGAACCAGAAAAGAGUGAGACAGUCACUCCUGCAGAAGCUGCUCCAGCCCCAGCUGCCCCAGAGUCACCUGCUCCACCAGCAGAAAGCAGCCAAAACACAGAAGUUUCAUCUGCUGAGACACACCCAGAAGAACCUCUGGACCCCAUUGGGCUCUUUGUGGCACGACCACAGGAUGGAGAAGUUACUGUUGGUGGAAACAUCACAUUCACUGCCAAAGUUGCAGGUGAGAGCCUGCUGAAGAAGCCAUCAGUGAAAUGGUUCAAAGGAAAGUGGAUGGACCUGGGAAGCAAAGUGGGGCAACAUCUCCAGCUACAUGACAGCUAUGAUCGAAACACCAAGGUGUACACCUUUGAAAUGGAAAUCAUAGAAGCAAACAUGACUUUUGCAGGAGGGUACAGAUGUGAGGUGUCUACCAAGGACAAGUUUGAUAGCUCUAAUUUCAGCCUGACAGUAAAUGAAGCACCUGCAAGUGGAGACUUGGACAUUCGAGCUGCCUUCCGCCGCACGAGCCUAGCAGGAGGGGGGAGACGGAUGACUUCAGCUUUUCUCAGUACCGAGGGACAUGAUGAUGGGGCAGAGUUUAAUUUCAGCUCCCUACUGAAAAAAAGAGACAGCUUCCUGCGCCCUUCCAACCGAGGUGAAGGAAAAUCUGAAUCACAAUCUGAUGUUGAUGUCUGGGAUAUCCUGAGGAAAGCUCCUCCUACGGAAUAUGAGAAAAUUGCUUUCCAGUAUGGUAUCACAGAUUUGCGUGGGAUGCUGAAACGCCUCAAACGCAUAAAGAAGGAAGAGAAAAAAAGCACAGCAUUCCUCAAGAAACUGGAUCCAGCUUACCAAGUAGACAAGGGGCAAAAGAUUAAAUUAAUGGUUGAAGUUGCCAACCCAGAUGCUGAUGUGAAAUGGCUGAAGAAUGGACAGGAGAUCCAAGUGAGCGGCAGCAAAUAUAUUUUUGAGGCAGUUGGGAAUAAGAGAAUACUGACCAUAAACCACUGCUCUCUGGCUGAUGAUGCAGCAUAUGAAUGUGUGGUAGGGGAUGAGAAGAGCUUCACAGAAUUAUUUGUAAAAGAACCUCCAAUCCUGAUCACUCACCCACUGGAGGACCAGAUGGUGAUGGUUGGAGAGAGAGUGGAGUUCGAGUGUGAAGUGUCUGAGGAAGGAGCUACUGUGAAAUGGGAAAAGGAUGGAAUUGAACUGACACGAGAAGAAACAUUUAAAUACCGAUUCAAGAAAGAUGGAAAAAAACAGUAUCUCAUUAUUAAUGAGUCAACCAAGGAGGACAGUGGACACUACACUGUGAAGACCAACGGUGGGGUAUCAGUCGCUGAACUGAUUGUGCAAGAGAAAAAGCUGGAAGUUUAUCAGAGCAUUGCAGACCUGACAGUGAAGGCACGUGACCAAGCAGUCUUCAAGUGUGAAGUUUCAGAUGAAAAUGUGAAAGGAAUCUGGCUGAAAAACGGAAAGGAGGUGGUCCCAGACGAGAGGAUAAAGAUCUCCCAUAUUGGCAGAAUUCAUAAGCUAACUAUUGAGGAUGUAACACCAGAGGACGAGGCCGAUUAUUCCUUCAUUCCUCAAGGAUUUGCUUAUAACCUUUCUGCCAAGCUUCAGUUUUUGGAGGUCAAGAUAGAUUUUGUACCAAGAGAAGAACCCCCUAAAAUCCACCUUGACUGUCUGGGCCAAUCCCCUGACACUAUUGUUGUGGUGGCUGGGAACAAACUGAGAUUGGAUGUUCCUGUAUCAGGAGAUCCAACACCCACUGUCAUUUGGCAGAAAGUAAACAAGAGAAAUGACCUACUUCGAAACAAUGACGAUUCCAUGACUCCCUCAGAAAACAGCACUGAUUUAAAUACUGAUAAUAAGCUCCUGUGUGAAUCUGAAGGCAGAGUCCGUGUGGAGAUGCAUGAAGACCAUUGUGUCUUCAUCAUUGAAGGGGCAGAAAAAGAGGAUGAGGGAGUUUACAGAGUUAUACUUAAGAAUCCAGUUGGAGAAGAUAAGGCUGAUAUCACAGUCAAAGUUAUUGAUGUUCCUGACCCUCCAGAAGCUCCCACAAUCAGCAACAUUGGAGAAGAUUAUUGUACUGUGCAGUGGCAACCCCCUAAAUACGAUGGUGGGCAACCUGUACUUGGCUAUAUUUUAGAGAGAAAGAAGAAGAAGAGCUACCGAUGGAUGCGGCUGAACUUUGACCUUUUAAAAGAGCUAACCUACGAGGCCAAGCGGAUGAUUGAAGGAGUGGUUUAUGAGAUGCGGAUUUAUGCUGUCAAUUCUAUUGGCAUGUCCCGGCCAAGCCCUGCCUCACAACCCUUCAUGCCCAUCGCUCCUCCGAGUGAACCAACCCACUUCACAGUGGAGGAUGUUUCUGACAGCACUGUUUCCUUGAAGUGGAGGCCCCCUGAGCGCAUUGGAGCCGGGGGUUUGGAUGGUUACAUGGUGGAAUACUGCAAAGAUGGAUCUACAGAGUGGAUUCCUGCUCUUCCCGGCCUAACUGAGCGCACAUCUGCACUGAUUAAAGAUCUGGUCACGGGGGACAAGCUUUAUUUCCGUAUCAAGGCUGUAAACCUGGCUGGUGAGAGUGCAGCAGCAACAAUAAAAGAGCCAGUUACUGUUCAAGAGAUCCUGCAGCGUCCCAAAUUCUGGCUGCCACGCCACCUCAGACAGACUCUGGUGAAGAAAGUGGGUGAAACAAUCAAUAUUGUGAUCCCUUUUCAGGGUAAACCAAGACCCAAAAUCACUUGGCUGAAAGAUGGUCAAGCUCUAGACUCCAAAGAUGUGGGAAUUCGGAACAGCAGCACAGACACCAUCCUUUUCAUCAGAAAAGCAGAGCUUCAUCACUCAGGAGCAUAUGAAGUCACUCUUCAGAUAGAAAACAUGUCUGAUAAAGUUGCAAUAACAAUACAAAUCAUAGACAAGCCCGGUCCUCCUCAGAAUAUAAAGCUUGUAGAUGUUUGGGGAUUUAACGCAGCCCUGGAGUGGACACCUCCCCAGGACGAUGGCAAUGCUCAGAUCUUGGGCUACACCGUUCAGAAAGCUGACAAAAAAACCAUGGAAUGGUACACAGUUUUUGAUCACUAUCGUCGCACAAACUGUAUAGUGUCAGACCUGAUUAUGGGAAAUGAGUAUUUUUUUCGAAUCUUCAGUGAAAAUUUGUGUGGAUUGAGUGAAACUGCUGCAACCACCAAAAAUCCUGCCUACAUCCAAAAAACAGGCACCACUUACAAACCCCCUUGUUACAAAGAACACGACUUCUCCGAAGCUCCCAAAUUCACCCACCCUUUGGUGAACCGCUCUGUGAUCGCAGGAUACAACACCACGCUCAGCUGUGCUGUCAGAGGAAUCCCCAAGCCAAAGAUAUUCUGGUUCAAAAACAAAAUGGAUCUCUCUGGGGAUGCCAAGUACCGCAUGUUCAGUAAGCAGGGGGUGCUGACCCUGGAGAUCCGAAAACCCACUCCCUUUGACGGAGGCAUUUACACCUGCAAAGCUGUGAAUGAGUGUGGUGAAGCUGAAAUAGAGUGCAGGCUGGAUGUCAGAGCACCUCAGUAAAACUCUGAAUCUCAGUUGAUCUGCAAGUCAAGCAUUAGAGUGGAACUUGAAAAGAAGAAAAGUGAAGAGGUUAAUGAAACAAAAAUUCUGCUCAUUUAGGAGUCCUGUUCAUCUCAGCAAUUACUUAAUACACAUGUACAAGGAGGCAGCAGUGUCUUGUAAUGUCCUGCUUACUCGGUGUGUUUUCAGACAAUAUUUUCUCUUUUCAUAUAUCUGUUGUAGUUAGAUUGCCCUUGUCUCCAUAUGAAGAAAUCAAAAGAAAUCAAGAUAAAAUUUUUCCCCCAUUACAUAUAAAAAAGAUGUUUUUAAAAAUAGUAAAAUCAUGUAGAACUGAAAAAACCCUAGUUGUUUCCUAAUGUCUGAAAAAAGCAUAAAUCCCGCAAUUCUACAAUUCACUCCAUCUUCUCUUUGCAGAGCUCUGAUAUUCUUCAUAAGAAACAAGUAGCUCAGAAUAAUGAAGCAGUAAGAUAUUAUUUACAGUAUAUAAUCAUUAUACUUGUCUCUGUACAACAGAAUGUAACUUUCAUUCCUACUGUUUUCACUGUCAGUUAGUGCUUGAAAUAUCCACUGCUGUGCUCUCGAGCAGAACUGUGUCCAAACCACACCAUUUGGGAACCACUGGCCAUAGCUACUCUUCUGCUUUUUAUAGAAAAUAAUUCCUUUCAUAAUUACUCACUACUUGUUUUCUAGCUUUUAAAAAGACACCAGCAUAGAAUUCCAGUUAUUAGAUGUUUUUUUCUACCAAUCAGAGACAUCAUAUGAAUCUACAAGGAUAAUUUUGCACAUCAGAUGAAAUAGUGAAAAUUCUAGCAAGGGAGACUAUUUGCACGUAAAUAAAAAACUUUAAAGCAGAAGCUUGGAAUCAAUGUGAUAAAUUCACUGUCAUAACUCUUCCUGAGGGUUUGUGAAAGGCUAUGAGUGAUAUGUAGGCAUUUUUGCAGAUGAUUUUGUCUUAAGCAAAUGACACAAUAGCAUUUCUAGCUUCUCACCUGCAAGUUUGAAGAGUAUUUGGGGUAGGUUUUUUCCUGAGGUAGUUGAUAGUUUCUGGCUGGGAAGUACAUUUCAAUUACAGGAGAUGGCAGGAAGAUGAUAUUAAUCAAGGCAGCACUGCCUUUUGGAAGAAGCUACACAAAGGAGCUGAAGGAACACUCCUCUGCUGCCUCCAACAUGCCACUUGGGAUGGCAAAGCAUAUCUGACACAGCAUGUUAGUUGUAUUAACCAAGCAAAUGCAUCUUCAUAAUAAAAGCACUGAUGGUCAUGAGAUGUGUAUUUUAGUUAUUUCAUUAUGAUAUCAGAACAAAAAUGGAUACCCUCUAAAACCAAAGCAAACUUAUUCCAGUUAACACUUGUCUGUUACACAUUGUUGUUUUUCAACAAAUAAAUAAAAUUUUAAAAGGAAAA